CACAUAUGACAUAACUCCAAAUAUGUAAUGUUGUUGUGGACUAUGCAAAAAAAAUUACAGAUGCUUAUGGCAUUUUUCUGAUUUUCUUGUCCAAUAUAGGCAACCUUAAUUCUUGUUACCAAAAAAGAGAGACAAGUUUCUUAUGCCAAAAACAAUUCUUGUUAAUAUAUAAAUAUUUUAGAAAAAUUAACAAAAACGCACGAUGAAGUAAAAAAUCUAAAAGGAUGUAUAACCAAAAAAAACAAAAAAUGUAGGAAACAAAUCGUAAUCAAAUGUCCAAUAUCAAUAGUGUGAAUCAUGGGAGAGUGGGGAUUUUUUUUUUCUGUCGAACCUCCACCGAAAUUGAGUAAUGAAAGCUCGAAAUCCACUAAAAUCUUUAUUUUCCAAACCUUCCAAUUAGAUUUGGAGUUUUUUUGCUUCACAUGUUUAGAAUUUAAUACUAGACGCAAGUAUUAUAAGGCCCAUCGGAAAUAAUGGACUUUAGUAUUAUUAUUAACCCAUCAGAGAUAAACUUGGGCCAACAAAUAAUAAGCAGCAAAACUGACACAUAAAAAAAAACGUGGUGGUUUCAAACUGCAAAUGAAAGAGAUAAGUCGUCCUUACAUAGUAAACCGCUCUGUUCCUCAACUGAAGUUAACUGUCUCCCUGUUCCUCCAUAACUUCUUUCCCACGUAACCGUCUCCUUCUUCUUCGUCUUCUUCUACUUAAGCAACCCUUUCUCUAACUUGUACUCUUUUUUUCAAUUUUCUCCCAUCACUUUCUCUACGUGCUCACAAUGAACAACAAUCAUUCCUUUUAUGAUCGCAAUUUUCACAUUCCACUUCAUCCUUCUAACGCAAGUAACCCUAAUCCAAAUCUCCAGUUUGCUUUAUCUUCAAGCUACGAACACAGUCCUAAGAAGAAACGCACCAAAACCGUUGCUUCAUCUUCUAGUUCUUCACCAAAGUCCGCAUCAAAACCCAAAUACACCAGAAAACCAGAUCCAAAUGCCCCCAAAAUCACUCGUCCAUGUACUGAAUGUGGCAGACAGUUUUGGUCUUGGAAAGCUCUCUUUGGUCACAUGAGAUGUCACCCUGAGCGUCAAUGGCGUGGCAUUAAUCCUCCUCCUAACUACCGUGCCUCCACUACGGCUUCAUCAAGACAACUAAACCAGAGAUCACCAAAUUGGGUCUCAUUUAUGUCUGAGGAAGACCAUGAAGUCGCUUCUUGUCUCUUACUGUUGUCUAAUGGCACACCAUCAUCAUCGAGUAGUGAACGGUUUGAGUGUGGAGGAUGUAAGAAAGUGUUUGGAUCACAUCAGGCUUUAGGAGGACACAGAGCGAGUCACAAGAACGUUAAAGGAUGUUUCGCUAUCACAAACGUAACCGAUGAUCCUAUGACGGUUACUACUUCUAGUGAUCAAGAUCACAAGGCAAAAAUCCUUACGUUUUCGGGGCAUCAUAAGUGUAAUAUCUGUUUUAGGGUGUUCCCGAGUGGUCAAGCUUUAGGAGGUCACAUGAGAUGUCACUGGGAAAGAGAAGAGGAGACGAUGAUCAGUGGUGCUUUGGAUUUGAAUGUUCCUGCAAUACAGGAUCUUUCUACUUCGGACACAUCAGGGUGUUGUUUAGAUCUUAGGUUAGGACUUUAAUUAGUAAUCUAUAUAUUAUAGUGGAUGUUUCCUUCUAACUAAUGGGUGAAUGUACAUGUUGUGAUUUUAUUAUAAGUAUAACGUAUCUAGGAUAUUGUUGUAUUCUGCUAUCUAUAUGCUUAAUAAAGAAAAAUAUUUAGUUUUCUGCUUCGAAAUGUACUGAUUUUCUGGCAAAUAAAAAAACUUGAAUCAAGAAAGAAAGAAAACUUGUGGUGUACCAAAAUGUAAAAGAAAGUCUCAAACGUAUAUCUAACCAAAUACUAGAGAACAGAAUCGAUCUCUUAAAACAUGAAAUUCAUAAGCACAUAUUGAGCCGUUUUAUAAAAGUUAAGCCAACAAAUAAAACAUUAUAAUUUCACCGAAGCUUAACUAGUUUCAUAUUAUUCUAGCAAAAUUUCAUUGUUUGACUUGAUCUCAAACUCACCACGAUCUCCAAGACUCCCAACCAUUCUAUUUUUAAUUAUUUUUUAAGAACUCCUAUCAUUCCAUCGUAUAUAGAUUAGAUCUUAUUCCGCUAAAGAAUCUCAGUGUUACCUAUAUCUAAGAUAACCUUGUUUUCACCAGCUAUAUUUAACAUAUACAAUUCUUAAAUAAAGAUUGAAUAAUCUUAAAAAAUUUAUUAAUCUAAAGUCUAAAGAUUCAGAUGCAUUAUAGGUAAACACGCGGAACUAAUUACAACAUGCACGAACCCUAAUCCGAGACAGUUAUCAAUUAAUCUUCUCGAAUCUAUUAAACAAUUACUAAAUCAAUUGUCCUUCAAACAUUUAUCAAACAAACUAGUGCGACA